AUGGGGCGGGUCGAAGGCUCGACAAGCGCUCUCAGUGUUCACUUGGAGCAGGGACUGCUACCCGAGGAGGUCGAGUGGAAGCCGGGGAAGAAGGAGUACGCCGUCAUGAUCACUCUCGCCAUCAUCUCCCUGAUGGUCGCCCUGGAUGCCACGAUCCUCGUCUCUGUCCUACCUACACUUGCUGUUGACCUGGGGGGCAGCGCCAGCGACGCCUUCUGGGCGGGCACCUCGUAUCUGCUGUCGUGCGCCGUGUGCCAGCCGUUCAUCGCCGCCCUCUCGGACAUCUUUGGCCGCAAGGAGAUGCUCUUCGCGUCCAUAUGUUUCUUCACCCUGGGCACGAUCCUCUGCGCGCCCGUGGCCAAGAACUUCACCGUCUUCUUCGUCGGCCGUUCCAUCCAGGGCAUCGGCGGCGGCGGCAUCAUCACCAUGGGCCAGGUCAUCUUCGCCGACAUCGUCCCCCUGCGCCAGAGGCCAAAGUACUUCUCCCUCGUCCUCGCCGCCUGGGCCCUCGGCAGCGUCCUCGGGCCCCUGAUCGGGGGUCUGUUUGUCGAGCAUGCCAUCUGGGCCUGGUGCUUUUACAUCAACUUCCCCUUUUGUGGCAUAGGCCUCGUCCUGGUGCCCAUCUACGUCAAACUCACCACCGCCAAGACCUCGCUGGGCUCGAAGCUCGGCCGCGUCGACUGGGUUGGCGGCUUCUUCUUCAUUGGCGGUCUUACCAGCUUCUUAGUGGGCAUCUCAUGGGGCGGCAUUCAGUACGAGUGGAAGAGCGUCCAGUCCGUCACUCCCAUUGUGGCGGGCGUCGCCGGCGUCGCCAUCGCUGUCAUCUGGGAGAUCUACGGGGCCCAGGAGCCGUUCCUCCGCCCUUCCCUUUUCCACACGCCAUCCGCGCUGGCCACAUAUGCCUGCGCCUUAUUUCAAGGCUUCAUUCUCUUUUGUGCGCUCUACUACAUUCCAUUCUAUUUCGCCGCGGUCAAGUUUGAAGCCCCGACCCAGUCGGGCUUGGACAUCUUUCCGGUUUCCUGCCUGCUUCUCCCGGGGAGCAUCGUCAUCUCGCUGCUGACGACCCGGACCGGGCGCUACCGAUGGGCCAUCUGGAGCGGCUGGGUGGUCACGGCCAUCGGGUGCGGCCUCCUCGUGCUUCUCGACGACGACACCAAGACGCCGGUCUGGGCCGUCAUCCUCGCCAUCUUCGGCAUCGGCCACGGCAUGCUCCUCACCAGCGUCAAUGUCGGGAUCCAGGCCGUGAGCCGGGUUGAGGACGCCGGCCGCGCGGCCGCCAUGUACGCCUUCAUGCGCACCCUGGGCAUGUCGAUCGGCGUGGCCGUCGGAGGCACCGUGUUCCAGAACGUCAUGAUCAACAAGCUCAAAGAGCUCGGCCUGCCCGCGAGCAUCGCACAUGAUUCCGAGGCCUUUGUCCAAACGCUGGCACGCAUGGGUCCGCAGGACCCCAAGCGCAUCGCCUCGAUACAAGCGUAUCUUGCGGGCUUUCACGGCGUCUACUGGACCAUUACCGGGGCAGCCAUCGCCUCCUUCUUCAUCAGCCUAGUAAUCAAGCGGCACAGCAUGGAUAAGCUCCUCGAGUCCAACUUC